AGACCUCCCAUUGUUAUUUAUCUGAUCAAUUAAUUCUUAUCUCCCACUCUUUUGAUAUUAUAUACAUGUGAAGCACGAGUAAUGCUUGUACAACCUUUGAUGAUAUCAUCACAACCAUUACUGCAGCAGAUUCCACUGCAUUUUGCAGCUUCCUUUUUUCAUUCUGCUGCUUAAGUUGGCUUUACAUCAUUUGAUUGAUGCUGCUUGGUAACAUUAAUAUUUGUAGUUGCAUUGUUGUUGUGGUUUUAGCGAUGGCAUUAGCGGUUGCAAUGGUGAUGGUGACAAAAAAAAAAAAGUGUUUAUUUUAGUGGCAUUAGUAUUUACAAGACAUUUUGACUGAUUUUACUCUCCAUUUGUUUUAUUUUUUUCUUUCAAUUUUUAAAGAUAUCUGCCACUUUAAUUUCACUACCUUCUUGUAUCAAUGUCAUAUGAUAUUGACUAUUUCUGCUAGAAACCAACAUUACUGGCUGUAGUUUUACUGCUAUCUUUGCCUUGGCAACGGUAGCAUCAGCUUCUUCUGUCUGAGCAGCAAGCCUCCUCUCAAUGCAGCACUGAUGAAGCUGGCUUUUCAGAGAGCCAUGUUGGAUGGAGAAAGUGGAAGGCAGAGAAGGCUACUGAUUAGGGCUGGAGGUCAAAUAUUACAUUAUGGGAUAGCUGAGAAUAAAUUACUUAGCCUGGUUCAUAGUUUAUUUUGCUUCCUGACAAGAUAUUACAACUAUUCUUUUGUUUUCUAUUUUGUACUUCCCUCUAUAGAGAGAAAAUAAUCUGACUUAUUUUGCAUGAAGACAAAAACAAAAAACAAACACAAAAUCAGAAUCAUAAAAACAAAACAAUUACACUGUUAUGCUACAAAUAGACUUGGUGUUUUAUAUUUUUUUCAUGUUUAAUCUUAACACAAGUGUUUGCUUGUGUCGUAAACAUUUCAUUUGGCUUUCAAGGAAAACCAAUUGUAGCUAUAUUCAUGUGAUCUGUAUGUAAAAUGACAUCCAAAUAUAAUGUAUGACACAGAGAAACAGAGAAUGGGCCGAAUGCGGAAGAUCCUGUCUGGCCUGAGUGACAUUGACUCUCUUGUGGGAUCGGCAGAGUCAACAUGCAGCCAGCCAUCAACUGACCUGUCUCUGGAUGAAGAAAGGGAAGCUUUACGAAGAGAAACGGAGCACCAAGCACUUACUCAGUUAGAACAAGCUCGAAGGAAACCUGUGGCCUUCGCUGUGAGGACAAAUGUUUCCUUUGAUGCUUCAUUGGACGAUGACUCCCCAGUCCAUGGAUAUGCCAUCUCCUUCACAUGCAAGGAUUUCUUGCACAUACUGGAGAAAUUCAGUAAUGAUUGGUGGAUUGGCCGAGCUGUUAAAGAAGGCUGUGAUGUUGGAUUUAUCCCUAGUCCUGCAAAAUUGGAAAACCUGAAGCUCCAGCUCACAGGUUCUGGUAGGGGAGGCAAGUUUUAUGGCAAAGUUAAUUCUCCUUCAAACAUUGAUAAUUUUUCCAGAGUCUCCACACCUCCAACUCCUGGUUUCCAGAUGACACAAUUGAAUGUUUUGAAAAAAAUGCGACGUAUUGAUGGUGAACAUAAUGGGGUAGACAGUAAUGUUGGAGAGGAUAGUGACAGCCUAAGUAAUGUGAGAACAAGUAAACCAAACAUUACCCCACCAACCAAAGAAAAAAGGAAACCUUUUUUCAAAAAGUCUGAGAAUAUUCCUCCCUAUGAGGUAGUGCCUUCCAUGCGACCUGUAGUUUUGAUAGGACCUUCAUUGAAAGGGUAUGAAGUGACGGAUAUGAUGCAGAAAGCCCUAUUUGAUUUUCUUAAGCACAAGUUUGAAGGAAGAAUUAUCAUUACCAGAGUAACAGCAGAUAUAUCAUUGGCCAAGCGUUCAUUACUGAACAAUCCCACCAAAAGAGCUCUAAUAGAAAGGUCUAACAGUAAGAUGUCUGGAUUUGUGGAAGUCCAAGAAGAAAUAGAAAGAAUAUUUCAGUUAGCUAGAGGGUUGCAAAUGGUGGUGCUUGAUUGUGACACCAUAAACCAUCCCUCGCAGCUGGCCAAAACCUCCCUUGCUCCUAUAGUUGUCUACGUAAAGAUCUCUUCACCUAAAGUCCUUCAGCGAUUAAUUAAGUCCCGUGGUAAAUCUCAAAGUAGAAAUAUGAAUGUUCAACUUGUAGCAGCAGACAAGCUGGCACAAUGCAGUCCUGAAAUGUUUGAUGUGAUCCUAGAUGAAAACCAGCUAGACGAUGCCUGCCAACAUUUAGCUGAAUAUCUUGAACGCUACUGGCGAGCCACUCACCCAACUUCCAUGAACCCUCAAAAUGAACCCAAACAUCACUCCUCUCAUACAAAUAUCAUGUCAAGUUCAUUGUCACGUGAGGCCCAGCUCCACGGUGAUUCUCCAGAAAGACAGUUACAUGAACGUGGAAGUGGUGGUGGUGGGCGUAUGCUUCAAGAUCGUGAAUUUGAUUCUGAGAGGACACAUGAUCGACCUAGAGACAGUGAUCGAGGUGCUCCUCGAGGAGUACCUGAAUUUACAGAUAUUCGAGGUGUACAUGAUAGACGUGAUCGAAGUCAUCAUGUGGACUCACGUGAAAGAGGUUAUUCAUCUCCCCGAAGUCAGAGACACCCACCAAUCAAGGAAGGCAGUAUAGACAUCUAAUCAUAUUGAUGGCAUGAAUGUCAGCUAUUAAAAUUUCUCAUGUCAGCAUUUGUAUGGCAGCUGAAAUGAGCUGCAAUAUGCACACUUAACAUCUAUUAAUAUUUCUAUACUGCAAAACGUGGUCAAAGGAGAUAACUAUUUUACAGUUGUACUACACGACUUCACCAGGACUUUUCAACAUUCUGGCAGUUUAGAAACAAUGAUUUUCUUAAAUCAGGUUUAUGGCAUAUUCUGUCAAAUGAUAGCGAAAAUCCUGGUAAUAGUUAUGUCUCCUCUGUUGCUUCCUUGAGUUAGUUUGACAGGGUUGAGAACAAUUUGAGCCUUGCCAGGCUUGGGUGUGGUUAUCUAUCCUUUCUUUGUUCUCUAGGUGGCUCUAACUUCAUAAAAUACCUUGGUUGAUAUGAAUAUCUUCCAAAACCCAGCUUAAACCCUUCAGGCCACUGCAGUAAUAUUACUGAAACCUCUUCUUUGUCUAAAAGUUGAACAAAAUUACACAGCUGAUUCCAUCAGACAACCAUCUGCUGGUACUUUCGGCACCUCACUGGAAUGAGCAAAAUAUAUAUAUAUAAAUAAUAUAAUAAUAUAAUGAAACAAAUUAAGAAGAAAAUCAUUUCAAAUUCACAAGAAGUUAUGGUGAUUGCUCAAAGAAAGAUUUUACUAAUUGUUCGAGAAGUUGUCAACUUCAAUAUGUGCAUCAGUUUUAUGAGACUCAAAUCCCUAUUUGGGGUUCUUUUAUGAAGUUUUUUUUAUUAUUAUUGGCUGUUGACAAUUCAAGGAAAAAAAAGCAAAACAAAAAUAUAACAGAUAAACUCACUUUGGUAUUAUCCAACAUUUCAGCAACUCAAAUUUGAUGUAAACAUCACCCUGUUGAGCUGUGCUUUACUUUGUGGUCUAUUUCUUCCUUUUCCUUUUAUCUUUUCUUUUCUCCUUCACUUUUUCUUUUUUUUUUAUCUUCUUCUUUCUUCCUUCUUCUAAAUCUAUUAACUAGACACAAGAUUCUCCAAUAAUGCAAGCUCUAGCUUUGGGGUAGGGUUGGCGGGGAUGAUGUCGACAUAAACAGCUACUGCUGCUGCUGCUAUUUCAAAACAACACAAUGCAAACUAUUUGGGGGCUAAAGGGGCGUCCAAUUGUUGCUGGUUCCAUACAUUUGUAUUACGCGUUUAACCCUUUCCCAGCCAAAUGGACAUCAAUGUAUAGCCCCAACCAACAAAAAGAAGUUCGUUUAGAACAGUGACUAUUGCUGGCUCUGAUGAUGGAUGUAUGGCAGCAUUGAUAUCUAAAAAUAUUCAAGCGAGUGAUCUCUUUGGAGAGAGAGAGAGUGAGAGAGAGAGAGAGAGAGA